AUGAAUAGCCGGCUGGAUUCCGGUCAAGAUGAGAUCCAUGACCAGCUUUCUCUCAACGUUCGAGUCCAAGGCAGCGUUAACAAAUACCCAGCGAAAUCGCAUGCACGGCGCAUAGUGGAGAAGCUAGGAGUUUCUGAUGGCCACAUCAUACUGGCGGCCACACGAGCAGCAAACUGGCCAUUCUCUGAUAUGCCUGCAUUCUUCCGGCAAUCUCGUUACUUUUAUUUUAUGACGGGCUGUAAUGAACCGGACUGUUAUACUACCUACGACAUCACAAAGGAUGUGUUGACGCUAUGGCUACCCCCAAUCAAUGAGGACAGAGUGGUCUGGUAUGGGAGGGGCAGCACCGUCGAGGAAGCGCUAGAAAAGUACGACAUCGACAGAGCUCGUUAUAUCAAAAAGUCAAAGGCCUGGUCGUCAGACGCCACUCGCAACUUUUGUCUCGGUUAUAUGACCGAAGAUGACACGGGACGUUAUGUCUUGCCAGGCUCGAACAUAUACCCACAAGGUCAGCAAGAUCUUCGACAAGCCAUAGACGCUUGUCGAGUCCUCAAGGACGAAUACGAGAUCGAUCUUAUCCGUCAAGCCAAUGUGAUUACAGGCGAUGCUCAUGUGGAAGUUAUGAGAAAUAUGCACACCUUCAAGGGCGAAUAUGAUGUUGAGGCUGCAUAUAUGCAAGUGUGUAUUGCAAGAAGGGCCAAAUUACAAGCAUACGAUCCGAUUGCAGGUUCAGGCACCAACGCGGCCGAGCUUCAUUACUCUGCUAAUGAUGCCGACUUUUGCAAAGGACAGACGAUAGUCCUUGAUGCGGGCUGUGAAGUGGAGAGGUACGCCUCGGAUGUUACCCGUACAUUGCCAAUAAAUUCGAAGGCCCCAGGUUAUUGGCCGUCCAAGGAGGCCGAAGAGAUCUACAACUUAGUGGAACUUAUCCAGGAGGCGUGCAUUGAGCAGAUGCAACCGGGGAAGCAGUUCAUCGAAACGUUUUGGCAUGCACAUUACAUGGUGAUUGAUGGCCUGCUGAAGCUUGGGAUACUGAGGGGAGACCGCGACGAGAUAUUCCACACUGGUACGUCGCGAGCCUUUCUCCCGCACGGAUUAGGCCAUCACGUUGGCCUCGAGGUUCACGACCCUCCACCAUUAUCUUCAUCAUCUACAGAGCAGACUGAGACCGCCAAGGAUCAUCAUGCCGAGAAGGCUUGCAAUGCGUUUGCCAAAUGGCGGCCAGAAUCAGCCGAGAAAAUGAUGAGACUGCGGCAGCCAAUGAAUCCGUCCAUCUACGAAACGUCACACUCCAGUUCCGUACUUGCGCCAGGAAUGGUGGUCACCAUCGAGCCGGGAAUCUACUUUAAUGAUUUUCUCAUCAAGAGAUUCUUCCUCAAUCAGGAAAAAMACAGAAAGUUCAUCGAUAAGAGUGCCCUAGAUCGAUACAUGCAAGUUGGUGGAGUUCGCAUCGAAGAUGAUAUCCUGAUUACGAAAACCGGCUACGAGRAUCUCACCACGGCGCCGAAGGGGAGGAGGAUGCUGGAAAUCAUGCGAGAGAGUGCCGGGAAGGCUUCUCGUGCGCAUUGUUACGAUGCCGCCGUCUAG